CGCACACGCCGUAUGUGAGUGACUGGAUGCUGAAGAGAGAGGGGGAAAAAAGAGGAGAGAAACGUUUCAGAUCAGCCGGACAGAGCACCACAGGCGGCUCCUUCUUCUUCUUUUUUUUUUUUCCUCCCUUCUUUCUGCUGCAGACAGCGAAAGAAGCCGCGCCGCUUCCCAGCUGAUCCAAACGCGCUCACCUGACUGCCACAGGGACGCCAGAGGACCCUUCACCGGUGGAGUAAAAACCGGUCAACCGGAUUGGAAAAUCUGUGGGAUUGGCUUUAACUGUCAUUUUUGUGGAUAUUAUGUAGAAGCCAUUAGAAAAAAAAAGGAAAAGCAAAAGAGAGAGCUCAGUCCAGCUGGCCAGCACGGCUCCAUUCAAGAUUUUUGUCCUGGCGGAUUGUCUGUCGUUUGGGGGGGAUUGGAAACCCGUUUGCAUACUAAUCACGUUUUGGAGGGGAUAUCCAGAGCGCACCAUCCAGAGCAGCACAGUGGGAUCCGAUGAAUGCGUAGCAGAACCCAGCCAUGCCGAUAACAAGUAAAGGGUCAAGACGGAGGGCUUGGGUCAGUGGACCCUGCGUGUGCUCAAGUCUCUGGCAACAGAAGCCACUCUUUUAUUUCUGCAUGAUCCUUGUCCUAGUUCAGUCAACAUCUGUUCUCGGUGCACUGGAGCUCCAGCUAGAUGAGGAGCAGCCGGCAGGGACCAUUGUUGGUGACAUUAGCGCCGGGUUACCGCCUGGUGAAACUGCAAGUCUUUACUUCAUCUCGGACCAUGAAGGCACAGGUGUUGGCAGCGACCUCAACAUUGACGAGACCACGGGCAUUAUUACCACCGCACGCCGUCUGGACCGUGAGGAGAGGGACCACUACAGCUUCAUUGCCGUGACAAUGACGGGUGUCACUAUUGAGGUGUCAAUCACUGUCAAUGAUAUUAAUGACCAUGCACCUGCGUUCCCCAAAAAGAAAGCUGUUCUCAAGAUCCCUGAGCACACAGCAGUGGGGACAAAGUUUUCCCUGGAGCCUGCAACUGAUGCGGACAAGGACCAGCUCACCACCCAAGGCUAUGCUAUUCGGGAGGGCAAUGUGGGCCAGACGUUCAGACUUGAGACUAAGAGAGCUGCGAACAAGGUGCUGUAUCUAGACCUGGUGGUCAGUGGACUGCUGGACAGGGAGAAACGCUCAACCUACACUCUGGUCAUAGAAGCGUUUGAUGGGGGUUCACCUAGAAGAAUGGGAUCUAUGACCCUGGAAGUGACAGUGACGGACAUCAAUGAUCAUGCACCAGCCUUCAAUCAGAGCAGAUAUCACGCCAUUAUCUCUGAAAGUCUCCCACAAGGAAGUAGCAUCCUGCAGGUCUUUGCGACAGAUGAGGAUGAAGGCGAUAAUGGUCUGGUGCUUUAUGAAAUCAACCGUCGUCAGAGUGACCCUGACCGCUACUUUGUCAUUGAUUUAAAGUCAGGGGUCAUCACUCUCAAUAGACCCCUGGACUAUGAGCUGAAGAGGGUCCAUGAACUGGUAGUCCAGGCCAGGGACAACGCCAGCCACCCUGAGGUGACCAACGCAUUUGUGACUAUCCAUGUACGUGACUACAAUGACAACCAGCCCACCAUGACCAUCAUCUUCCUCAGUGAGGAUGGCUCUCCAAGAAUCUCAGAAGGAGCCCAACCAGGCCAGUACGUUGCUCGGAUAUCUGUCACUGACCCGGACUAUGGAGAGUACGCCAAUGUUAAUGUGUCCCUCGAAGGAGGGGACGGGAAGUUUGCUCUCACAACCAAGGACAGCAUCAUUUACCUGAUAUAUGUUGACCAGGUCUUGGACAGAGAGGAGCGGGAUUCGUACGACCUCCGAGUGAUGGCCACCGACUCUGGCACACCACCCCUCAGGGCAGAGUCCUCUUUUACUAUCCAGGUGACUGAUGUCAAUGACAACCCGCCUCUGUUUGACCAGCAGGCCUACAGACAAACAAUUCCUGAGGUUGUCUAUCCUGGAUCCUUUGUUCUACAAGUUACUGCCAGGGACAAGGACCAGGGCCCCAAUGGGGACGUGCGAUACAGCCUACUAAAAGGCAAAAACUCUCACUCUGAUUGGUUUUCAAUCGACCCAGUUACAGGGAUCAUUACUACUGCGACCGCUCUGGAUUUUGAAUCAGAGCCGGCACCGAGUGUGACUGUCAUUGCGACAGAUGGUGGCCGUCCGCCUUUGUCGUCCACAGCGAAGGUGGACAUUGUGCUGCAGGAUGUUAAUGAUAACACACCUGUGUUCUCCAGCAACUUCUACAAUGCCUCCAUCAAAGAGAACACCCCUGCUGGGACCUGCUUCUUAGAGGUUUCAGCCACGGAUGAGGACCGUGGUUCCUUUGGAGCGAUAGCCUACACCCUGGGUUCCGCCUCUGGAAGCACAGCGCCGACCCGCUUCACCAUAGACAAGGAGACCGGCCAGCUUUGCACCAGCACGGCUCUGGACAGGGAUGAGGGAUUGGAAAAGUUUGACCUGACUGUCACUGCAACAGAUGGAGGUGGUCUGAGCUCAGUAGCCCGCGUGAGGGUCUCAGUGGUGGACAUCAAUGACAACCGACCCACAUUCUACCCAGUCCUGUACACAGUCAGUCUCAGUACCCAUAGUGCCCCAGGUACCUCUGUUGUCAAGGUAACAGCCAAUGACCCAGACGCUGGAGAAAACGGCAGGGUGACCUACCGCACAGUGCCGGGAGGAGGCUCCAAUUUUUUCACCCUUAACAAAGACACAGGUGUGAUUUCUCUCUCCCGCUCGCUCCAUGGCAAAGCCAACACAGUAAUCUCCAUGGUCAUAUCAGCCGAGGAUGGUGGAGGUCUGACGGCACCAGUCAACGCCAGAGUGAACGUGAGCGUGGUGGGAGGCUCGGUGGCGUCUCCGGUGUUCGAACAGGCACAGUAUUUUUUCACCGUGUCCGAAGACGUUCUCAGGGGGACGGCAGUGGGAGUGGUGCGUGCUUCUGCCAAGACAGGUGUCUCUAAGGGUAUUUUCUACUCCAUCUCUUCUGGAGACCCUGAUGGUUACUUCACAGUUGACAGUGCCUCUGGAACCAUUCGCACAGCUCUGCCUCUGGACCAUGAGACCUGCUCCAGUCUUGACCUGGAGAUCCAGGCACGCUCUGGCUCUCCACCAGCAUACGGAACCAGCCGCGUUCGCAUCACCAUUUCAGACAUCAAUGACAAUGCCCCUACCUUCCUUCCUUCCUCGUCAGAAUCCCUGCUUCUACCUGAGAUCACCAAAAUGGGGACUGUCAUCUACCGUAUUCAGGCCACAGACAAAGACUCUGGUCAUAACGGUCAGCUGAGCUUCGAUCUUGUCUCUGCUGGAGCAGCAGGCAGCAGUGGCCAGAGAACGUUUGGUGUUGACCGGGGCAGUGGGGAGGUUCGUCUGAUCGGGAGUCUGUCAUAUGAAACUGUCCCACGGUACGAUCUUCAGGUGGUCGCCAAGGAUGGUGGAGCACCUCAGCUUAGCUCCACCUUCACCCUUGUGGUCCACAUCCAAGCCCAAGACGCACAAGGCCCCAACUUUGACACCCUGACGUAUCGCGUGGAGCUACGAGAAAACACUCCUCUCAACACUCGUUUCCUCCAAGUUCGAGCGCUCAACAGAGAAGCUUCCGGGAAUGGUGGAAGCUCCUCCUCAUCCUCCUCCCCUAUUUCAUACCGCCUCAGGCCUGACGGUGAUGCUGCCGGUUUUGGAAUCAUGCCAGAUAGCGGCUGGUUGUUCGUACGGAGCUCUUUGGACCGAGAGGUCAAAGACAUGUACCUGUUAACCGUACUGGCCACGUCAGGCCCAGGAGGGACGGGGAGAACUGGCAGCGCCACCGUCAGGGUCACAGUAACUGAUGAGAAUGACAAUUCACCACGACUGAGCCAGGAGAGGGUGUUCCUGGCUGUCAGGGAGAAUCUGCUCGCAGGGACAGGCUUUGGCAGGGUGUCUGCGACGGACAGAGAUGCAGGACUAAACGCUCGGCUCACCUACAGGCUGCUGCACACUGACAGGCACUUUCAGAUCAACUCCCAGACAGGUGAGAUCAGCACCCGCCUUGCCCUGGACAGAGAGCAACAGUCCAGCUAUCAGGUUGUUGUGGUGGUGCAGGACGGGGGAACGCCUCCUCGCAGCGCCACCGGUACUGCUCAUAUCACUGUGCUGGACGAAAACGACAAUGCUCCUAGUUUCACUCAUGCCAGGCCCGACAGAGAGCUGCUUCUUCAGGUGAUGGAGGGUCUUCCAUCUGGGUCAGUCUUAGGGACUGUGUUGGCCAAAGACCCAGAUGAGGGAGAGAAUGGCACCAUCUACUACUCUCUAUCAGGCGCGAGAGCAGAGCGUUUCUCCCUCAGCCCGACCAACGGCGAGCUUAGAACCGCUUCCCCUCUGAGAUGGACAGAGCGAGCCGAGUACUCCUUCACUGUGACUGCUGCUGACCACGGUGCCCCAGGCCUCAGCUCCACCUGCCAGCUACAGAUACAGGUCCUCAGCUCCUCCAAGUCCCUCCCCAAACCCAACGUUCUGUCUAUGACCCUGCACACAAUCGAAGGAGCUGCUCCGGGCUCCAUAAUCGGUUCCGUCCGCCCACCUGACCAGCAUGACCCUGCUGUGCUGGAAGGCCAGGUGACCUACCUGGUAGUGGGAGGGACGGACCGGGAUGGGACCUUCAUGGUGGACCGUUUAAAGGGCGACGUAUACCUGGUACGCGAGCUGGACUAUGAGAAGGGAUCGAGGUACACUCUGCACAUCGAGGUUUCUGACUUCUCCCAGGCGUUUCCAAGCAGCCACCUGGUGAAGCUGGAUAUCAACGUGCAGGACAGCAACGACCACAGCCCUCAGUUCACUGAAGACCCUGUGACCAUUGUGAUCCCAGAAAACAUCGAGCCGGGGGCUUCCAUAUUUACAUUCCAGGCUCUAGAUCAGGAUGGCAGCGGACCCAACAGUGAGUUACAUUACUCCAUUGAGCACCACUGGCCCGACACCCCUGACCUGCUGACCCUCGACCCCUCCACCGGAGUCCUGACCCUGGGGCAGAAGUUAGAUCGCGAGUCCACACCCUCCCUCUACCUUGUGGUGCGAGCCACAGACCAGGCAGUGGAUCCUUCUCAGAGGCGCUGGGGUUCGGUCACCGCUCGGGUAUUUGUGACCGACGAAAAUGACAACGCUCCGGUUUUCAGCUCUCCGUCCGCGGUCAGCGUCAUGGAGGAUCAACCUGUAGGGUUUGUGAUUUUGUACGUGAUGGCUCGAGAUGAAGAUGAAGGAGAAAACGGAAGAGUAUCAUACAGAAUCCAGGCCGGCAACAGCGCUGGUCGUUUCAGUCUGAAUUCCAACACUGGCUCGCUCUCCAUCCUUAAAGCUCUGGACCGGGAGGAGCAAGAAGUCUUCAAUCUAACCAUUGUAGCAGAGGAUCAUGGGAUACCGCAGCUUUCCACCUCUCAGGUGCUGUGUGUGCAGGUGAUUGAUGUGAAUGAUGAAGCUCCGGUGUUCCAGCGAGCGGAGUUUGAGACCCAAGUGAUGGAAAACCAGGGACCAGGAACAACAGUGUUGACAGUAACGGCUACUGACCGGGACCAAGGAUCUAAUGGCCAAAUAACAUAUGGAGGGGUGACGGAGGAAGGUUUCAUCAUCAACCCUGUGACAGGAGUGAUCACAACCACAAAGGAACUGGACACCGAGCAACAGGAUCACUACACACUCACUGUGUAUGCCAGGGAUGGAGGACUGCCUCCUAACUUUGCCAAAGCUGUAGUUCGUGUGGAGGUGCAGGAUGUGAACGACAACGCUCCCAUCUUUGCCAAGCCGUGGUAUGGACUCGAGGUACCGGAGAACCAGACCCCCGUGGAGCUUUGCUUCCUGAAGGCCACAGACCCUGACUCGGGUCCUGGUGGAGAGCUGGAGUACAGAAUAAGUGCGGGGGACCCUGAUGGAGAUUUCCAACUUCACGCCACUACAGGGGCCCUGUUUACCUCACGUGGGCUUGACAGGGAGACGAAGGCAGAAUAUACUCUUGAGGUGGUGGCUACGGACCGAGGCAGCCCUGCUCUCAGCGCUACUGUCACAGUGGAAGUUAGAGUGCUGGAUGUCAAUGACAACAGCCCUGUCUUUAGCAAAAGUAGCUACGUGGUUGAAGUGUCAGAGGAUGCUCCAGAGGGAUCGCAGGUUCUCGAGGUGUCAGCAGUGGAUGUCGAUGAUGGCUUAAAUGGAAAGGUUCUGUAUUUCCUCAGCCGAGAGGCACACGGAGCGUUUACUGUGGAUGAGAACACUGGUCAGAUCAUCACAUCAGCUCCUCUGGACCGUGAAAAAUGGGCGUCAUACAACUUCCAGGUGUUUGCUGUCGACCUUUCACCUGCUGCACCCAAGAACUCCUCUGCUCAGGUGACUGUCACCAUCCUCGACGUCAACGACAACACUCCCUUCUUCAUUCAAGAUCCGUUGGUCAUCGAAGUGUCCAGCAGGCGUUCACAGCGGGUUUUAGCCACAAUGAAGGCUGAGGACAAGGACUUCGGAGCCAAUGGGUCUGUGUUUUAUCGUUUCGCUGCCCCAGUGACGGGCUUCAGUAUCAACUCCCUGACUGGAGAGAUCCAGGCCACGGAGCCACUUGGAGAUCUGAGCCAGGCUCAGAGGACCCUGAUAGUGGAGGCCAUGGACCAGGGCAGCCCAGCUCAGUCUGCACAGGGGGUGGUGGUGAUUUAUGUGAAGGAAGUGGAGUACAGCGGCAUCCGUUUCUCAAGGAAUGCUAGAGACGUCAGCAUACAGGAGAACGCUGCAAAAGGCACAACUGUGGCUCAGGCUCAGGCUCAACAUCCAGAUGGCACACGGAUAGGUAUCAGCUAUAGCCUCUUCAGCGGGAACAGACAGCAUGCUUUCAGCAUCAGCUCGUCAACAGGAGAAAUACGGGUGCAGAGCUCCAAGGGACUAGAUUUCGAGGACACCCCGAGACUCCGUCUAGUCGUGAAGGCUGAAACCAUGUACUCCACAUCUUUCAUGGCUUUUAACUUGAUCCUGCAGGAUGUCAAUGACAACCUUCCUCGCUUCCAACUGCAGAAUUAUGUGGCCUACAUGAAAGAAGCACAGGGAUAUGAAAUGCCAAUCAUACAGGUGGUCGCCGAGGAUGUGGAUCAGGGUCAGAACGGUCAGGUGACCUACUCCAUCCAAUCAUCAAGCAUGAGCGGCCUGUUCAAGAUCGACCCUGUGACAGGAAGCAUCACCACAGCAGCCAUCAUGGACCGUGAGAUCUUUACCCAGACCAAGCUUGUAGUUACAGCAACUGAUAGAGGAAGUCCACGACUGGCUGGUACUGCGACACUGACAGUGAUCAUUGUUGACCAGAAUGACAACAGCCCCACUAUUCCCUUGCCUCAAGAAGUCCGGAUCCCAGAGAAUACUCUGAUAGGAACAGAGAUCACUCUUGUGACCGGCAACGAUGUGGACUCCAGCCCUGCCCUCUCCUACUCCUUGCAGCUAGACCCAACAGCUUUAGGCAAGUUUGGGAUUCACCGCUACAGUGGCGGCGUGUCACUCACUGCCCCUCUAGACUUUGAGGAGAAGACGUGGUACACCCUGACCGUCAGAGCCACGGACAGCCAGCACCAAGCUGAGGCUAACAUUACCAUACUGGUGGAGGAUAUUAAUGACAAUGCACCUGUGUUCACCCAUGAUCUCUAUCAGAUCACUCUGCCUGAGCACACACCACCGGGAAGCGCAGUUAUCACAGUAACAGCAACUGACAGGGACUCAGGAGAGAACGGAAAGAUCACCUACCGGGUGAUGUCAGCAACCCAGGAGGGUUUCUACAUUGACCCCAGCAAUGGAACCCUGUUCAUCAAUCACAGAGCUGAGUUUGACCCUGAGCGUCCGUCAGUCAGUAUUGUCAUUGAAGCUCGUGAUGGAGGCUCGCCUUCGCUCUCCUCUCUCACUACAGUCCAGGUUCAGAUCUCUGACGUCAAUGACAAUGCUCCAGUGUUUCACCAAUCAGACUACAGGGCUACAGUUUCUGAAGACACCAUCCCAGGUUCCACAGUUCUGACUUUUGAAGCCUUUGACAGUGACCUCUCUCGAGAAAACUGUGGUUUUGACUUCGCUAUUGCCAGCGGCAAUGAAGGAAAUGCAUUCCAGAUCGAAAGCAGUGUGCGGUUCCUAGAGGGACGAGGCUUUCAGACAGUUGGGACCCUACUGUUGGCUGAGGGGCUCGACUUUGAAACCAAGCCGCUUUACAACCUCACAGUGGUGGUGUCUGACCGUGGUGUGCCCCAGAGGAGCUCUAGUGUUGCUGCAGUGAUAACCAUAGGUGAUGUGAAUGAUAACCCUCCAGUGUUCAGUAGAGCAGAAUAUACUGUGUCACUGAGUGAGGGAGCUGCCGCUGGUACUGAGAUCAUACGACUGACUGCUACAGACCCAGACUCAACUCCCAACGCUGAAAUCCAGUACAUCAUCAGCUCCGGUGAUGAGGUGAACUUAUUUACCAUGGACCAGUGGACUGGGGCCUUGAGGCUUCAGCGAGCUCUUGAUCGAGAGCAUCAGUCCACACAUGUUGUCAUUAUUCAAGCCACAGAUGGACAGGGUCACUUCGCACUAGCUCCAGUCGUUGUUGAGGUCAAAGAUGUAAAUGACAAUCACCCAUUCUUCCCGGUGGAAGUCCUGACAGCCAGCAUCAAAGAAAACCAACCAGCAAACUCAGCUGUGACUGUUCUACAUGCCAUAGACCAUGACACGGGGGUUUUUGGCCAAGUGAAGUACUACAUGGUGGAGCGAUCCGGAGCAGGAAAAGACAGCUUUGCUGUGGACCAGAAUUCAGGCGAAAUCAAAAGCAAAAUUCCAUUUGACUUCGAGAAGAUCAACUCUUUUAAUUUUGUGGCAAUAGCAGUAGAUUCAGGCAACCACUCUGCCACUGUGACUGUACAGGUGUUUGUCACAGGUGAGGAUGAGUAUGACCCACUCUUCGCAUCAUCUGAUUUUUCCUUUGAAGUCCCAGAGGGAGCCAAGAAAGGCCAGAGCAUCGGCCAAAUCCAAGCCAAUGAUGAGGAUGGUGGAGUGGAUGGUAUUGUUCUCUAUUCUCUUACCGCCAGCUCUCCAUAUUUUGAUGUGAACAAAACCACUGGGGUGAUUUUUCUUAAGUUGGACAGCACAGGCAGCAGCAGUAGCAGUGGGUCGGGCCGAGCUAAACGGGAAACCAGGGUGAUGACCCUGGAUGUGAAAGCUCACAGUCCUCUUGACACAUCUCGCACUACUACAGCCCAGGUCUCCAUUGAUGUCACAAACACCAACUUUGGCCUGGCUGCGGAUGUCAACAUCCUGCUUAUCAGCAUAAUAGCUGUGUCUCUUGGUUUUAUCAUAUUGCUUGUGGUCAUGGCCGUGGUGGUGUUCCUGGUCAAGUCACGCAGGAGGAAGAAAGGCCAGGAUGCAGGAAAUAGAACAGUUGCAUCAGGAACUGCCUUGCAGAAACUGGACGAUUGCAACUCAGGACCGGGAGGAGAAAGGAUCUACCAUCAGACAUUGCCAGGCUAUGCUGCAGAUCAGGGUGGGGCAGGUGGUGGUCCCUACACUAGAGGGGGCUCUUUGGAUCCUUCUCACUCCAGUGGAAGAGGAUCCGCCGAGGCAGCAGAGGAUGAUGAGAUCAGGAUGAUUAACGAGUACCCCCGUGUCGCCUCCAUCACCUCGUCCAUGCAGGAGCAUAUCUCGGCCAGAGGACCAGACUCUGGAAUCCAGCAGGACGCUGACCAGCUUUCUGAUAUCUCAUGUGAGCCUGCAGCUUUGGAGGGCAGCACCUGGUUCAAAGGAAAGAAACUGGGAGGCAGCCUCAGUGGGACCUUGCUCUCUGGUCAGCUCCCAGUCUAUCGGGACGAGGGAGGUGGUUACCUGGGAGUGGGCCGUGGUCUCAACAUUUCCCUUCCCAAGGACUACGCCUUCCCUGAGGAUGGUAAACCUUCAGUGGACGGCUCCCUCACAGCUAUUGUUGCCAGUGAUGAGGAGCUUCGUGGAAGCUAUAACUGGGAUUACCUACUCAACUGGUGCCCUCAGUUCCAACCUCUCGCAAAUGUCUUCACAGAGAUUGCUCGGCUGAAAGAUGAAACCGCUCAACAGAGUCAGAACCCUCGUCAACCCUUCCAACCAAAGCCCAAAAUGGACCCCAAACCUAGAAUUGACCCUCCACCACUUAUCACAUCAGUGGCCCAUCCAGGGGCCAUGUCAGUUCCCCCCAAAGUUCCUGUGAUUGGGCGGACAUUCCCCCACUUGGCCUCUCUCCGCAGGUCCCCUAUCAGCCAUGAGGGAUCCAUUUCCUCAGCAGCAAUGUCGCCCAGCUUCUCCCCUUCUCUGUCUCCUUUGGCAGCUCGAUCACCAGCUGUGUCUCCAUUUGGAGUCAAUCAAGGGCCCUCAGCGUCCAUGAUCAGCACCAGGGAGCCCUCGCUGGACCAGAGUCCUGAUCGGGAGAUGAGAAUAUGAUUGAAAAAUCACUAAACAAAUAAAGGAGGAACUUUAAGACAGACAACAUGAACAAAGAAUGAGAGACCCUCCUUUUUGGAUGUUCUUUUGCAUGGAUCAAAAGAAAGCAAGCAGUGAUGUCAAGUGCACUGUCAUUCUCAGAAAGCGUUGUUUUCAUUAUAAGAUUGAAGGUUUCUCAAAUGCCCAGACAGAGACAUAUGUGUAAACUGUCAGACCACUUGAUUUUUGGGCAAUAAACACAACCACAAAAACAUACUGAACCUUCUCCAGCUAGAAUAUGUGGAUAAGUACUUCUGUUGGCCGGCAGCGUUGCAGGAAUACACAAAAGUGGAACAUGUGCCUGGUUUGACAGGACCAUACCACCUUUCCAUUUUCACGGUGACGCAGGUCUCCAUGAACUGAUCAGGGUCAAGAGGUAAACUGACUUCUUCGUGGGAAUGUGCACUUGCCACGCCCUGCAGUCAGAGAUCCCUUAGUGUGUAGAUAGAUAAAUGUGUAGUUUUCAUGUUACCUCGCUGGCUGGCCAGAGAGCAAAGGACCUUGUCCCUCUCUUUGUGUCUGUGGACAUUUUUACACUCCAGUAUUAAACUCAUCUAGUGGCUGCUUUUGAAGUGGCUCUGGACAUGUCUGUGAAUCCCAUGGACGGACAAACAGUGUGUGUUCAAAAAGACACUGAUUCAUUGAAUUGCCAAUGCAUCACACAGUGGAAGAGCAAUGGAGACUAUUGUUUUUCUCACCAAUUCAGAUGACACUUCCUUUGAUUUUACUUUUAUUUUUAUAUUUUUAUAUGAAUCUAUGAUUUCAGAUCCAUUAUUCCACAUCGAGAGGUUAUUGUUUUUGUGUAUUUGCAUAUAUGUAUAUUUGUAUGUAUGCAGGCUACACUAUGUACUGUAUGUGUCUCCUAGGUUUUUAGAGACUCUUGUGACAGUUCUCGUGCGAGUGAGAGGGAGACGUUUGUGUUUU